AUGGAGCCCAUCGCCGAGCCCCGCGACCGCUUCAAUCUCCGUAAAGCACUCCUCCUUGUCGAAAGGGAUAUCAAAGCCCUGGAAGAGCAGGAUAUACAUACCUUCGACCAAAGUGUGCUGAGACGGUGCAGGGCUCGGGCUUUACCUCUAAGCCUUGAUGCUGGUGACUCGCUCGCACCAAAGUUUUUCACUUCUUUUGCCCCUAGUGACAUGCCGGAGCCAACGCCAGAAUUUGUCGACAGAGAAUACAACACCGACGAGCUGACCCUGUCUAGUGAGCGCGGGCGACUGAUUUACCUUUUUCUUAAAUCAUACAUGAGCGAGAUAAUUGUCGACUUUCCAGAGGUCCAUCGAACGUGGUUAAGCAAACAGAUCGGCGAUUACAAUAUUCGCAAUCUGUACCGGACGUUGGAACCUGAAUAUGGCACCUUGUCGAGACUUCAUGUUGGUAAGGCCUCCAAGCCGCAUAUGAAAUGUAUCAUGCACAACGACCUCGAUAUAGAUGAUAAUCAUCUGCUCUGCGGGGAAGUAUUGACUGUCAUUCGGAUCAUGUUGGGCCAGCUAAAACAGAAGGUGUUUGUCAAUGAUAUGGUUGCACCAGUUCUGCUCUUUUCGCUCAACCAACGGCAUCCGCGUGUCAUGGAGGCAUACUUUGAUGACUUUACAUUCCUCAAUAUAGCUGGGUUCAAGACCUUUGCACAAUGGUUCCUCGGCGAUCCUAUUGGUAUCACGUCCAGAGAAGCGGUUCGGACUUGA